AUGGAUGAUAUUUGCACUGGAUUUAUUAAUGGAUUCAAAGUUAAUUUCCACACAGAUAUUAGCAUAGACAACUAUGAACCGAAAGAGGUAGAAAACGUGCGAACGGUUCUAUUUUGCUUUGCUGGAGAUCACCCUGGAUUAUGUGAAGUUGGAAAACUAUUAAAUCAAGGCAAGUGUGCUUGCAGGAGGUGUAAAAUGGUUGGCCAACAUCUCAACGAUAGUUCCAACAAACAUAUGUAUUACGGCGAAAAUCGCUUUCACUACAGGUAUCCAUGGGAGCAAAGAAACAUUUCUUCUUCACUUACAUCUCUCUAUGACAUUGAGAAUGAAACAAGAAGCAGUGUUCGGAAACGUAUGUCAUCAGAAUUAGGGUUUACUGGAAUAAGCAUUUUGCACAAAUACUUGUAUCCUUUGUACAGUUUUGACAUAUGCAAACAUCUUCUUUAUGAUGUUUUCCAUACCAUUUGUCUCAAUGUUGUAAAAAAUCAGGCGGAGAGAAUUAUUAACCUUGAGAUGAUAGACAAAGAAUAUCUGGAUGAACAAAUCAAAGUAUUUCCAUGGCCUUCCAAGCUUAAGAGUGGAAGGGUUCCUAAAUUAAUUGGAAAACUUAAAGGAAUGGGACAAUGGAAGGCUGAAGGUUUACAAAAGUUUUCUUUCCCAAUGGCAGACUGCAUUCUGCCGAAUCGCUUGUCAAACCCCCGAGAGCUAGAGAUACAGUCAAUGGUAUCCAGGCUCACUGAAAUUCAUUUCUAUGCAGGAAGAGAUGGAUGGACAGAUAAACUUAUAGAUCAACAUCAGAAGUUAUCAUGGCGUCUCAAUAUUAUGGCUGAGGAGGUCCAAGGUUUGGAAAUGUGUACUAUAUCUUUGCAUAAUCUCACACAUAUACACGAGGAUGUCAUAACAUUUUCUGCACCUGAUAAUUACUGGUGUGCUGUUUUUGAACGUGCAGUGAAAGGUUAUGUGAAGAGAUCGAGCAACUGUAAGGGCAUUGAAGCUACAUUUGCCAUUGCUGAAGCACAUCGGGAAUUUUUAAAGCCGUUAAGUGAACCCUACAAAAGUGUUGGCACAGUAAACAGGCAACAGGUAAGAUCUUUACCCUGACUGUAAGUGCUAAAUGAACAUAUAGAAAUUUGUUUGGCGAGUUGAUACUUGGUAUGAGUGUGCUAAGAGUUUUAGAAGAAAAAAACUAAGUCAAUAACAAUAAAAAUAAGUAACACAUUAUACAAAAUAAUAGCAAAAAAAUAUUAAAGCGUUGUUGCCUUGUGCGUAUGGUUUCAUUUAUUGUUCACCAAAGUGACAUCAGUUUCUAAUAUAAUGAUUAUGAAUUUCUUAAAAUUUUAUACAGGUAUAAUUAUAAGUUAGUUAAGUAUUUUGCAAUAAACAAUUGAUUGAGCUCAUACAAUUCCAGUACGCUGUACAUCUAGAACUGGUCAAAAUCAUGCUACUUUAGGUAUUUUAUUCUGGACCUACAACAGUAUAUGUGCUGUUCGAUAGUUUUAACUGCUAAAUAAUUUUACAUUUAGAGACAGUUAUCAUUUCUGAGUGUUCAGACAAUUCUAUUUAAAACCGAUCGAUAAACUUUAACGGCUUAUUGACCGAGCGUGAGGUCUGUACUGUGAAAUAUCAGACCGAGGUUUUUAGUAUGGACCGAGCAACGAAGGAGCGAGGUCCAUGCAAGAAACAGAGGUCUGAUAUUUCACAGUACAGACCGAACAAGCGAGGUCAAUAAUCAGUUUAUUAUAUGGCUGAACUGAGUCUGUGAGCAUUUGACAUCCGGGACAUCGGUCCAGAUACGGAAAAUACAGACCACGGUCCGGAUAUGGGUUUUUACAGACCGCUUGUCAACCAAUCAGAAUAGACAAUUUUAAAAUGCCAUAUAAUAAUACUGAUUAUUCACUUUUGACCAAAUAGCCUCGUUUUUGCGUAAUAUUUAUACUCAUGGUUUAUGCACAAUAGGCAGAAUAAGCUUGCAUGUGAUCAGGCCUAAGAUCAACAAGAAACAUUAAUUUUUCUUUGUGUCUGCCAUGCUAAAAGAAACAAAAAUUGAGAGGCAGGUUUAUUGGGUAAAAUCUUAAUAUUCUUACAUUUAAGGUCUGUUUAUGCUACUUUUUUAGGGAUUUGCCUCUUCAAUUGAAGCAGCUAAAUCAGAGGCUAAAACACAACUGCCCAAUCCACCCUCACUACUUCUUGGUGCGCAUAAUAAUGUUAUGGCAUUAACAGGAACAGAAAGGAAGAGAAUCUCUGAUACACUUGAUUGCUCAGUCUCGAAUAUACCUGAAGCGGCUUUCGUCUCAAAGAAAUGUUUCAUGCCUAACAGAGGAUUUGGAGGGACAGUAUUUUCAUCCGGAGACGCUGUAGUUUUGAGGAUUAAUGAUCAGGAGGAAAAUGUUGCUAAAUUGGAUUGCUUCAUAUCCUUACGGGUACAUAGAAAUAAUGAUCUGAACUCGUUAGUUUUACUGUGCAAGGGAUAUUGUCAUCCCGCUAUCAUUGGAGACGAUCAAUUAGUCCUAAGAGAUUUUUGGAGUGGAUUUAUGAAGGUCCGAGACAAAGAAAUCUCCAAUGCUGUCUUCUUCAAAAUUGAAAAUAUUAUAAGGAAAGUGAUUCUAUAUAAGUCAGCUGAAGGUACAUUUACUGUUGCCGACUAUCAGAGGAAGUCACAGAAUCUUCCUUAUUCAGUAGUUGUUCCAGUAUAUCCUGAGAAAGGUGAUAUGCUUCUGAUUCAGGGAGAAGAUGUCAAUGAUAUUUGGUACGGACAUGUUCACAAAACAGAUUGCUUAAGAAAAACAGUCGAUGUGUACUUUUUUGUUAAACGCAAUAACUCUGAAAAUGUCUUUGUCAGAGAGACCCAUGGAAGAUAUGCCAGAAAUGUUGUGCCAUGGGCGUCUAUUAUUGGGAUCGCUCAGGGGCAGUGGGAAGGUACCGCACAGUGGAGAAAAAACACUUGA